AUGGUUUCCUUCAUCUUCUGCCUUCUCCCUGCUCUCCUAGCUACAACGAGUGCACAAGCACAAACCGUGACAUGCCAACAGUGCUCCAGCUCAGCAGACUCCUGCCAGCCUCCAUCAGGGACCUGCACAGCAGAGACGGCUAAAGGCGGCUGCAUUACGGUGGCAGAAGAAAACACAUUGCAGGGGACAAAGACCACAGUCCUCUCCAGAGGCUGUUUGAAUGACUUCACUGGUGUCAUAAAAGGCCCUGUUACUGUCACUCUUGGGAAUGGCAAGUACGUGAGGAUCAACAUCGCACAGUGCAGCACAGAGACGUGCAACUCACCUGCACUGGACGUGCCCACGGGGAGCACCAUCGCGAAUGGGCUGCAGUGCCCAACCUGCUUUUCUCUGAACUCUGAUCCAUGCAACAGCUCAGUCACCCCUUGUACAGGGGACGAGACCUAUUGCAUUGAUUUCGCUGGGACGAUACGGAGAGGUAAAUUCUGCCAGCUGGCCGCAUGGAGACAGAGGUUCUGGGGGCAAAGAAGGAACCAGAGCUGCCUGCGCCUAAUAACAUGCUGGUUUUCUCCCUCAGGUACAACUGUCUCAGCACUUGUUGGAAAAGGAUGCGCUACUGAGUCUACAAAAGACAUUACAGCUGGAACCUCCUUGGUUUCUGCAGUCUACACGUACAACUUCACAAUCACGACCUCCAAACCUGCGGAGAACACACCCACCAGUGGGGCCAGCCCGGCUCUGGGGAAAUUCUCCUUUGCCCUCUACCUGCCUGGUCUGACUGGGCUGCUGCUGGUGAAGCUGCUCUCCUGACCCCCGCCUGGCACGGCCCACGCAGCACCUGAUUCCUGCGCGUUGCAGCCCGAGCUCUGAAUCGUAUGUUAAUUCUAUUGAUUACUUACAAAUUCCCAGUGUUCACUCGGAGGUCUGACAGGCUCUAGUUCUGAGUUCGGGGCUGGUAUUAUAAAAUUGCUGUUCAGUUGGGAACCCCGAUGGGUCAGGUCGCAGCCCUCGCGCUGUAGGAACCUUCUGUGUUUGUAAUCAUGGAUCACACAUUUAGCAGAGUCCCAAAUGCUCCAGCCCAGCCCGGGGGACAGCGGUAAUACAGAAGGUCCAUCUGAACCCCCCCAUACUCGCACUGCCCCUUGCAGAACAACCAGAAAUGUUAGUCAUUAUCUUCCUGCUCACCAGUACCUUCCUCAUCAUCAUCCGGGGCCGUGAUCCGGGCACCCCCUAAACGCUGCAUCUCGCUCGCCUCCUGCCCACAGGCUGGGGUGCAACUUUUAUAAUGUUAUGCUGACGCCACUGUGCCUAAUGCCUAUUCAGUAGGGGGUUCUCCCCUCCUCCUUAUCUGUAUCUCCUCACCCUAUGGAUGUCGGGGUCCCUUCUCCUGUAGGUUAGGAUGUUACUGAUCUCAGCUUAUUAUCAGACAUGUCAGUUCCUUGCCAUGGCCGGCUUGUGGUCAGACAUCUGCAAACGUUCCCAUUCUACAAUAUCCCAAAGCCGGUGUUAGCUCACGUCCCUGUGGCUGGCUGGUGUUGUUAUCAAGAAACCUCCCCCUUAAACACACUGUUCCCAGGCCCCCAAAACUUAGGGGUGACCGUUGGGCCAUUUGUCUGUGCCAAAGUUCAUAGGCCUCCAAAAGCCUUAUGGUACCUGCUGCAGCCAGCGUCUUACGGGAGGCAGGCCUGAGGGUUCCUUGUGUUGCAGCUGAAUGAAAUGAAUGCUAAGGCUGGCUCGAUGGGUGACAGAAUAAAGGCCUGAACUCUCAGCUUCACUCGCUCCGAGGCCCCUCUGCGCUGCUGAGCGAUGGAAAGGGGCCGCUGCAUAGCCAAGGGUCUGCCCAGCGUAUGGGUGUGUCUGUCCUGGUACCUCAUGGCUGGCUGGAAUCUCUCUGUGCAUUAGCAAAUUCACUGAGUUAAUCAGGAUCUGAAAUAAAAGCCUUUGGUGUGUUGUUGUGUCCUGGUGCCCCAUUGCUGAUCC